UGACAUAGGAAGGAAGGCGUGCAGAAAAAAAACUGAAAAUCCUUCCUGGUUUCUAUGGCAGGAGAGAAAAGGACACAAUGAAGCAUUUGAAUCUGUCCUUUGCUGCUGCUGGAUUUCUCGGCAUUUACCACUUGGGGGCAGCAUCUGCUUUUUUAAAACAUGGUCAAAACCUGCUGAAUGCUGUACAGGCCUUUGCUGGGGCUUCGGCUGGAUCCCUGGUUGCUACAGUCCUUUUAACAGCUCCGCACAAAAUACAGGAAAGUAAGGAUUUCCUUUACACAUUUUCUGAAGAUUUUAGAAAGCGAUUUCCUGGGGUGGUUAAAUCAAGAUAUGAUUUCAUGAAAUACUUAAGGGAAGGCAUAGAAACAAUUCUACCUGCUCAGGCUCAUGAGAUAGCGGAGAAUCGUCUCUACGUAUCAAUCACAAAGUCUAAAAGCUUCGAAAAUUGCUUGGUUUCAAGUUUUGCCUCUAGAGAAGAACUCAUUAAGGUGCUCUUGGCAAGUUGUUUUGUUCCUGUCUAUGCUGGUAUGAAUGCUGUUGAGUACAAGGGAGAGAAAUGGUUCGAUGGGGGAUUUUCAAACAGUCUACCUGUCCUGCCCACUGGUCGAACAAUUACAGUAUCACCAUUUUGUGGUCAACAAGACAUAUGCCCAAAGGACAAUGCACAUUUUAAUCUGCAUUUAAAAAUGUGUAAACAGCAAAUACAGUUUCACUGAUUCUUCACGGCCCCCCACAGAAGGACGGCUCAGCUCCACUAAACUAAGGUAGUGCACCCUCUCCCCUCUGUCACCCUUGUCCACCCCCCUUUGUCACCCCUGUUACCCGCUUUCACCCUUGUCCACUUUCCUGUCAUCAAUGUCCACCUUGUCCGCCCCUGUCACCCAUGUUCACCCCCUCUGACCACCCCCCAUCAGCAAUGUCCAACCCCCACUAUUCACCCCUCUGUCCCUUUGUCACCCCUGUCCACCCCUCUGUUACCACCUUGUCAUUCCUGUCCACCCCUGUUUCACCCCCUACGUCCCCCUGUGACCCAUGUACACUCCUAUACCUCUCAGUCACCCAUGUACACUAAUCUACACCCCUCUGUCACCCAUGUAAACUCCCUUACACCCCACUGUCACCCAUGUACACUUCUCUACAACCCUCUGUCACCCAUGUACACUCCCUUACACCCCACUGUCACCCAUGUACAUCUGUGAGUAUCCUCACUGAGACCAAAUUUAAUGGUGGCCUGGAUUCCCCCAAUAUCCAUUUUUACUACAUUUCUACACUGGUCUCUUUGCUACGCCAUUGGUGGGGCAGCUCCUCCGACCUCCCCUGGGUAGAAAUGGAAAAUCUCUCUGUAGCCCCUCACUUGACUAAGAACCUCUUAAACCUCCCAUUCUGGGAUAUCCCAGCCCUGCAUAUACAUAAUCCCCUCGUACAAGCUUCUUAUGCAGCUUGGGUUACCUAUGUCACAAAUACACUCCCUUCGGGAGUUACCCUCAGUGCAGACCUCCCACAUCCUAUUACAUAUACUACCAUGCCCUUUAAGAGACUUCUAUUGCAUAGAGUGUGUCUUGGCAAAAAUAGCUAUAGACAGCAAUUGGAAAACUGCUUAUGUACCAACCCUAGACUACUUAAUAGCGAAAAUCGACACCAGCUAUCCUUUUGAAAAAAUUAUAGCCCCGGGAGCCGGACGUUAUCCGAUCAUUGAGAAAUGCUGGCAGUGUUUGAUAGUCUGAACAUUGUAAAGAUAUUUGAUUUGGCUUGCUCUACACUUUAUCCGGUGACAUACCCAAAAUUUCUAACCCCCCCCCCCCGGUUUCCCAUUCACCCCCCAUUCCACUUCUAUGGUAUUAUGUAUAAUGACUAUACAUUUGAGCUGUUCAUUACACAUGGAUUCUGCACUAUUUGUCCUUACAGUUUAAUUGCAAGCUGGAGAACUGUCCAUCCUGAUUAUUGCAUCGCCUAUAGGACGACUAAUAUAUGCUCACCACUGGAAGUUUUAUAUUGUUACUUGUUUGUCCGUUGUCUGCUUUUCUUUGGGAUACCAGAAUUGGCAGUGGAAUGUCACAAUCACUGACAUAUUUGUCUAUGACCGUGUAAUAAAUCUUGCUUUGGUAUUGCAUACAUGUAUCCCUGUUUAAACUUUGAAAACCUUUUAAUAAAAACUAUUUUUGAAAAGAAAAAAAAGAAUAAUACAUUUGUGGGGGCAGUGGAGAAGAAAAUUCAAGGAGAUUAGAUCCCAUAACACUAUUUAUUAGGGUGAUCUUUGGAGCUGAGUAUAUGGGACUACUUCUAUGCAGAUUAGUGGUGGAAGAAAGGAGAACUAAUGUCUGGUAACUUGGAUGUCACCAAGGGCAAGACUACAAUGCAUAAUGAGAAAUAAAGCUGCUUGAUGGUCACAUGGUUGACACUGGUGACCGCCCAUUGAAGUGAAAGGGACCAGAGAUGUGGAUAUGAGAGGAAACCGGAUAAAAAGAGUGAAAUAGACACUAGAGAACAGCUUUUUGCAUAGAUAUUGUUAGAAUAGUGGCAUGUAUUAAUUAAUUAGUUUUAUUUUAUUUUUCCUUUUUGUUGAAUAAUCCAUUUAACUUGAUUGAUCAUUUAAAAAGACAUUAAAGCAUGC